UGACGCUCAGUGCAAAUUCAACACUCGACGCGCAACGUAUUGCGACACAUCUCACAGAUUCUGGGAGCAUCUCGCAGAUACUUUAGAAAUCAUUCGUUUUGGUGGCAGCGCCUAAUUAUCUCAAGUGAAAAUGAAGUCUUUGAAUUUGCUGGCUUUACUCGUCUUUGCACUGGCUGCCAUAUGGUUGGGCUACACCGAGGCCAGCUUUUGUCCCUGUGACCUUAAGCAGAAGGGGCAGGUGUGCGCCUCGAAUGGCGUUACCUAUACAAAUCGCUGUGAGUUUGAGUGUACGCAGCGGGAUUACAAGAAACUGGGACGACAACUCAACAUUAAGAACAUGGGGCCUUGCUAAAGUGCGGACGGAUCUUCAUUGUGAAUAAUUACGGCUAAAAGCUAAAGUAUAUAUUUAAAUCAUAAAAAUACUUCUCAUAUGUUAAUCGUUAUUUUAUUUAUCACUAACCGAUUGUAAUUGUUGCAUUAAAAUUAGCUUAUUCACGCUGUUUCCCCUACACUAA